GCAUUUCCCUCCUACUAGUAGAAUUUCUUUCUCCAAUCCCGUCUCCCUCCUCUGCAUCUCUCCCGAAAUGUUGAGUCUCGUCUCGUCCUGCUUCGGUUAGAUCUCUGCCACGAGAUUCGCAGCCCCGAAGGAUUCCCCAUCCGUCAUCCGUGUACGUAGUUGGCCGGCGAGAUUGGCGGCGGCGAGGCACCGGAAGGAGGAGGACGACGAGAUGCUGCUGGGGGACGGCGACAUCGAGGAGAGCCCCCGUGAGAGCUUCCACGACGGCGAUGGCGACGGCGAGCUCGUUCGAGUCCCGUCGGUGGCCGCACAGUUAACUGGAAACAACAGACACUUACACGAUUGCUGCAUCUCCCAUCUUGGGUUACCUGGGUCCUUCGAUGAGCACAUACUCAAUUGAUGACGGUCGCAGUGGUCUGGCUUCUGACCUCAAGUUGCCUUUUAUCUUGGAUAAACUAGAACCUGUCGAGAGCCCACGGAGACAUCUUCUUGGGUCGGUUCAAGAUGAGGACCUCUCGUUUCAGUAUACCAAAGAGAUCGACGUCCGUCAAGGGUGCAGCGUAACACAGACAGUCUUCAAUGGUAUUAACGUACUGGCUGGUGUUGGCCUUCUUUCCACUCCGUCUACAAUUCAUGAAGCUGGAUGGGCUGGUCUUGCAGUUCUGUCUGCUUUUGCAAUUAUUUGCUGUUAUACUGGAGUUCUUCUCAAGCAUUGUUUCGAGAGCAAAGAUGGCAUUUCAACCUAUCCAGACAUUGGGGAGGCUGCCUUUGGGAGGAUUGGCCGCUUGAUCAUAUCUAUUAUUUUGUAUACCGAGUUAUAUUCAUAUUGUGUGGAAUUCAUUAUUCUGGAAGGUGAUAAUAUCACAUCAAUCUUUCCUGAUGUUAAUCUUACUUUGUUCGGGAUUCAUGUUGAUAGUAGACAUUUCUUUGGAAUUCUAACUGCUCUUGUAGUCCUGCCCACAGUAUGGUUGCGAGAUCUUCGAGUGCUAUCAUUCCUUUCAGCGGGCGGCAUUAUUGCAACUCUUGUGGUUUUUGUAUCUGUUGCUCUAGUUGGCACCACUGAAGGUGUAGGGUUCCAUCCGACUGGGGAAGCAGUCAAGUGGAGUGGGAUGCCCUUUGCUAUCGGUGUUUAUGGUUUCUGCUACUGUGGGCAUUCGGUAUUUCCGAAUAUCUACCAAUCAAUGUCUGAUCGCACAAAAUUCACCAAGGCACUCUUUAUAUGCUUCACAAUUUGCACAGCAAUAUAUGGCUCGUUUGCUAUUAUUGGCUAUCUCAUGUUUGGUGACAAGACGUUGUCGCAAAUAACUUUGAAUCUUCCAAAAGAGUCAUUUGCCUCAAAAGUUGCUCUGUGGACCACGGUGAUCAACCCUUUCACUAAAUUUGCCUUGUUGUUAAACCCAGUGGCUCGGAGUUUAGAAGAGUUGCGCCCUGAAGGAUUUUUGAACGAAACAAUCUGCUUUAUUAUACUGAGGACAAGCCUUGUGGCGUCAACUGUUGUGAUUGCCUUUCUUCUUCCAUUCUUUGGUUUGGUGAUGGCUCUGAUUGGAUCCCUGCUCAGUAUACUUGUGGCAGUCAUAAUGCCCGCCUUGUGCUUCUUGAAGAUCACACAGAAUAAAGCCACACGUACGCAGGUGAUUACAAGCGUCGCCAUAAUAGUGGUUGGAGUCAUCAGUGCCGCCCUCGGAACCUACUCCUCGGUGGCCAGCAUAAUUGGAUACUACUGAUUCUUCCAAGGCAAUCUCUUCAACAACUCUCAGUGCCGUCACUCUUGCCAAGAGUUUUUGCUGUGUAUCAUCGAAUUUUACCGUGCUCUAUGUACAUCCUUCGACCUAGUAUAGUCGAUUUAUAAAGACUGCAUCUCUAGUAACAAACUAACAAUGCAUUACUGUUACCAUUUAGCUGCUGCUAUAUCAUUUGG